CCGAAGAAGAAGAACAACGACAAGAAGAAGAGGAAAGCAGUAGAUGAUUGUUAUUCAUUUAUAUUUGUUUUAUAAUUUUCUUAUUGUUUUAGGAACUACACACCCAGGUACCAAUCGCACAUUAACGUUUCGAUCAAGCAGCAACAGUGGCAGCAUCUCUCAGAAAUCUCAUGAUUAGCAGAGACUGAAGAUGUGUUAAAGAUGAGCCGCCCAGUCUACUUUACAAGGGCCAAAGAGGAGGAAACGCUGUGGAUAGAAGGAAAGAGAGAAGCCGUCCCAACAUUGACAGGGGAGGAGGCCAGAGACUUUUACCAAAGCCUGCUGCAAGAGAGUGAUGGAGAAAGGUCAAGAGGUGGAGGAGCCGUGACGACAGGCAGAGCGAGGAGAGGAGCAGGACCCAAUCGAAGAAGAGGAGAGAGACAAAGACUACAAGCUGCUCACGACCAACCGGUCAUCAUCUCUGAGCGUGAUGGGCACAAACUCCUGCAGUGCGCCCAAGAGGGCAACACUCAUGGCCUAAGGGACCUCCUGCGGCGCGGCUGUGAUGUCAACUUCCGUGAUGAUUUUUACUGGACGGGUGUGAUGUGUGCCAGUCAGGCAGGGAAGAUCGAGGCUGUUCGGCUGCUCCUGCAGCAUGGAGCUGCUUGGGUGGGAGUGGUGGACAAACAGGGAAGAGAUGCACGGGAUCUGGCCCUGCAGGCAGGUCACCAGGACGUAGUGAGAGAACUGGAGCAGUUUAAUGUGUCGGAGAUGACAAACACACCCGCAGCAAAUGAGGCACACAGUGCUCAUUCUCAGUGGUGUAGUGUGUGUGCUGUGCAUUACACCGACAGCACUGAACAACACAACCGCUCGACACUGCAUCAGUUCACUGAGCUCCGCCCCCCCGCUACCCCCCAGUACUGCCUGCCCUCCUCCAGCACCAGCUAUAAAAUGAUGCUUCGCUUAGGGUGGGACCCCUCUUCUGGUCUUGGACCCGCCCACUCCGGCCGCAAAAAUCCAAUCAGGACGAUACUAAAGAGGGACCAGACGGGCCUUGGGUACGGAAUGACCCCGCAGCCUAAAGUCACUCAUUUCCAGUCCAGAGAUCCUCAGGCAGUGCGACAGGCGCCUAAGGAGGGAAGACUGAGACAGGAGAGAGAAACAAAGCUCAGUGCUAAAGAGCUCAAGAGGAGAGAAGAGAGAGACAGGACAUGGGAGAGAGACUUCCGUUCUUCAUUUAACUAUGACUGUUGACCUUUCUCUUUUGACCUCUGACCUACUGUGCGCUCAUACGCUUUUAAUGGAAGCUGAGGAAGCAGUCCUUUACUGUCCUGUAGCCUCAGGCACAUUUCAUUGCCAAAUGACUUUAAGGUGCUAAAUCGACGACCAUGAAUCGCCAAUAAAAGGGCAAACCUCUGAAAAUGAAUUCACACAUUAAGGCCCACAUAAUAUAUUUCCAUGUUUUCCAAAAUUUUGCUUUUAUUUUCAGUUUCAUAGCUUGUAGAAAUGAUUAAAAUAACAUGGGAAAGAUGCUGCCAAAAAUGCUGCCUUUUACUUUCAGAUAAAGAUUGUGAGUCGAUGACUUUAUAUACAGAGUUGCAUGUCCUCAGUUUUUGCAGGGACCUCCUAAUAGUUUUCACAAAUAUUUGUCCGAAUCACUCACUCUUAAAGGUGUGUAUCCCCCAGGAUACAGGACCAUUUUAUAGGGUUGUGGAGCUGAUUUUGGGGUUAUUAAUCACUCUUCAAACGGUGAAGAUGCAAUGUGAAUUGUUGGUGCUGUGCUGUACAUUUAAGCUAAUAAUAGCGAGCUGUUAAAGUGAAAAUAAAGCAGGAAUUUGCAUAUAAUACCAUUAGCACACAUGAAAACGUUAACCUGGAGUAAAAUGACAUGCAACGGGAAGCUUUGACAUGUUUAAAGAAUGUGUAAUAAAAGUGUAGAAAAAGAGACAUGAAAUGGGUGAGGAAGGAUUUUAUAAAGCCUAGUGUACACUACAUGUCUCCAGCUCGUCUCCUUAUUUUUUCUUCUCCCAUUUUCUCCACAAUUUGGAACGUCCAAUUCCCACUACUUAGUAGGUCCUCCUGGUGACUCAUCUCAAUCCGGGUGGCGGAGGACGAAUCUCAGUUGCCUCUGCAUCUGAGACCGUCAAUCCGCGCAUCUUAUCACGUGACUUGUUGAGAGUGUUACCAUGGAGACGUAGUGCGUGUGGAGGCUUCGCACUAUUCUCCGCGGCAUCCACGCACAACUCACCACACGCCCCACCGAGAGCGAGAACCACAUUAUAGCGACCACG